AUGGACGAGCCGGCGUCGAUGGAGACGGAGCUGACGGCCACAGGCGUCGAAGCGCCGUCGGCGCUCGUCGGUGAGCGCGAACACGCCGUCUCCUGGCGCCAGCCGCGGGCGAUCGUGCCCUACCACUCCAAGGUCACGGAGUUCCUCCGCGGGCCCGGCAAGACCUGCACGUACUCCAGCUUCGAGGGCCUCCGCCACGCGCGCAAUUGGCGGCUCAAGCACUUCGGCGAGGACGGCGGCUACAACGCCGAAGAGCGCCACAGCGCCACGGCGCGCGAGGGCGGCCGCGGCGCCAAGGCCUUCGUCAUCAUCACGAAGACGUACUCCUCGGACGCGACCAUGGCGUCCACGGAGGACGACGGCGUCGACGACCCCUACGCGGAGCGCCCGCCCUCGACGUUUGUGCCCCCCGGAACCGACGCGUACCGGCAGCUGCAGCAGCAGCGGGGCCUCGAGCGCAUGGUCCGCGACCCCGCGAUCCUGCGCGCGCUCCUCGACGAGAACUUCUCCCAGUUCGGCAUCGACGCGGGCGAGCUCUUCGACGAGUGCGCGGUCACGCGGGACCCGCUCGCGGCGCUCGGCGCCGCCAUCCAGCGGGCCAUGCCGCCUUCCGUGGCCUGGCUCGGCCACGCCGACCCGGACGUCGACCACCUCGUGCCCGACUUCCACACCGUGACCAUCCUGGGCCGCAUGGGCCGCGAGGCCUUCGACAAGGAGGUCCUCGCGCGCGACGACGUCCGGUCGGCGGACGUGUCCGCCGUCUUCCGCGCGGCGGCCAACGUGCUCCUCGCCGCGGCGGGCGAGAAGCCGCGCAAGACGCCGUCCUACUGGGAGGCCCAGCUCGUCUUCACGCCGAAGGGCGACGUCCUGGUGCUCGCCGGGCACCACCCGUGCGCUAAGUCGCCGGAGUCGCUCAUCAACCGGUGGCUCUUCGCGGAGCUCGAGGCCGUCGCGUUCCGCGGCCUGCGCGACCACAUCGUGCCGCUCGCCGCGUCGCCGCUCAUGUGGUCGGCGAGCUUCUCCUCCGGCGCGGUCUACAAGCCGACCGCGGUCUUCGACGACCCCGCGUACUCGGACUGGACCGAGCCGCGCGGCGACGAGAACGACCCGCGCGUCGGGCGGGCCGGCGCGGCCUCGCGCGUCGAGCGGUCGAAGCGCAUCGUCGACCGCGCCGAGGCGGGCGCGGAGCCCGCGCCGCGCGCGCUCCUGAGCGCGGCGCGCUUCUUCGCCGCCGCGUCAGGCCCCACGCGGAGCCCGCGCGCGUUCCUGGCCGCGCACGGCUACGACGUCGGCAAAUUCAAGUCCGCGUCCAAGGCGCGCGACGUCUUCGUCGCCGCCGCCGACGCCGAGGGCGUGCCGCUCGCCGAUGAGGUGACGCGCGCGCUCGACGCGUUGGUCAACAAGUGCCCGCUCCUGACGCUCGCGGAGUUCGGCUACGACCUCGGCGGGCGCCCGGCGUCCGAGGCGCUCGAGUCGAGCCUCGCCGCCGCCGCCGACGCCGGCGAGGAGCUGGAGCCGCGCCUCGUCGGCGCCCUGAAGCAGCUCGCGGGCAACGCGAAGGGCGGCUCGUGGAGCCCGCUCCUGACGCUCGCGGAGUUCGGCUACGACCUCGGCGGGCGCCCGGCGUCCGAGGCGCUCGAGUCGAGCCUCGCCGCCGCCGCCGACGCCGGCGAGGAGCUGGAGCCGCGCCUCGUCGGCGCCCUGAAGCAGCUCGCGGGCAACGCGAAGGGCGGCUCGUGGAGCCCGCUCCUGACGCUCGCGGA